AUGGUAACACAAUCCUCGGACCAAUAUAAAUGCCUAUCUAUCUAUCUAUCUAUCUAUCUAUCUAUCUAUCUAUCUAUCUAUCUAUCUAUCUAUCUAUCUAAUUCAGUCCACACAUCUAUCUAUCUAUCUAUCUAUCUAUCUAUCUAUCUAUCUAUCUAUCUAUCUAUCUAUCUAAUUCAGUCCACACAUCUAUCUAUCUAUCUAUCUAUCUAUCUAAUUCAGUCCACACAUCUAUCUAUCUAUCUAUCUAUCUAUCUAUCUAUCUAUCUAUCUAAUUCAGUCCACACAUCUAUCUAUCUAUCUAAUUCAGUCCACACAUCUAUCUAUCUAUCUAUCUAUCUAUCUAUCUAUCUAUCUAUCUAUCUAUCUAUCUAUCUAAUUCAGUCCACACAUCUAUCUAUCUAUCUAUCUAUCUAUCUAUCUAUCUAUCUAUCUAUCUAUCUAUCUAAAUCAGUCCACAUAUCUAUCUAUCUAUCUAUCUAUCUAUCUAUCUAUCUAUCUAUCUAUCUAUCUAAAUCAGUCCACAUAUCUAUCUAUCUAUCUAUCUAUCUAUCUAUCUAUCUAUCUAUCUAUCUAUCUAUCUAUCUAUCUUACUUAAAAUCCAACACAAGAUUUCUUUUUAAGUUUCCCUCUCGUUCGUUCCUAUUCUUCAAUAUUUUUCUUUCCUUUUUUUUUCUAUUUAUUCUUUCAUUCGAUUUUAUUCAUUUUUACUGGCUUGCUUGGUUAAACAAACCUUCCUUUUUUACUCUACUCUUUUCUUUCUUCGUUCAUUCUUUCAUUCCUUUAAACGAUAUAUCUUUUUCUUUAUUUAUUUUUAUUUCUCUUUAUUUUUCUUUUUUUCUUUUCUUACACUUUCUUUUUUUAAUCUUUUUAUUAAACUCUUUUUCUUUAUUUCUUUUAUCAUUAUUGGUUUCAUUCUUAGAUUUUUUUCCCUUUUUCUCAUUUUUUCAAAGAUGUCUUUCUUUCAUUCUUUCUUUUUUUCUUUCUUUUGGCAUCGGGAUUUUUCUUUCUUUUUUGUUACAUUCUUUUCGUUUGUUUGUUUCUGUUACUAUCGGCUUUAUAUCUUUCUUUCUUCAUUGGAUUUUUUCUUUCUUUUCUUUCUCUAUUGGCUUCUAUAACUUUCCUUUUUUUCCUUUCUUUCUUUCAGCAUUGGAAUCAUUUCUGAUUUAUUUUCCUUUCAUUAUUUUUCCUUCUUUCUUUCUUCAUUGGAUUUUUCUUUCUCUUUCUUUCUUUCUCUAUUGGCUUCGUUCUUUAACUUUCCUUCCUUUCGGCAUGGGAUGUUUUCUUUCUUUGUCUUUCUUUCUUUCUUUAUCUAUUUCUUCUAUUCUUUCUUUCUCUAUUGGAAUUUUUCUUUCUUUCUUUUCAUCACUUUCUUUUUUUGUUUGUUUCUUUCUCUAUUAUGAAAUUAUUUAUUUAUUUUCCUUUCUUUCUUUAUUAGAUUCAUUCCUUAACUUUCGUUUCUUUCAGUAUUGGAUUUUUUCUAUUAAAUUUCUUUCUUUCUUUCUUUCUUUCUUUCUUUCUUUCUUUCUUUCUUUCUGUAUUGGAAUUUCUCUUUCCUUCUUUACCUCUCUUUCUUCUUUGUUUCUCGUGUUCUUUGUAUCUAUUUCCUUCUUUACAUGUCAUCUUCUCGUUCACUUUUCUUCUGUUUUUUUUUCUCAUCGGAUAUGUUUUACGUUUCGUUUUAAACAUCCUUUCUUCCUAAUUUGUCUAUUUCUUUCUUUUCUUUUUUCUUUCUUUCUAUUUUACUAUUUUUCUUUCUUUCUUUCCCCAUUGGUUUUAAUUAUUGUUUGUGUAUUUGUUUAUCUGUUUCUUUCUUGCCAGAGUGUCGAACAUUAUCUAUCUAUCUAUCUAUCUAUCUAUCUAUCUAUCUAUCUAUCUAUCUAUCUAUCUUUGAUCUGCCGUAUAUUUAUUUGUUUAUCAUAG